GGCUGGAAUCGUGAAUCCCAUAAGUACAAGAGGGGAGAUUUUGGUAAAUGGAAACUCGAAAUACCAGCAAAUCCUGACGGUUCUUGUCCUAUCCCGCAUGGAUCAAUUGUCAAGGUGGCUGUUACGCGACAUGGAAACACAAUGGACAAGCUUAGCCCAUGGGCCAGAUAUGUGACAAGGCCAAAGGAAACGGUUGUCUACCAUCAGCAAUUCUACAAUCCCCCACAAAAAUUCACAUUCAAACAUCCUCGACCAUCGAGACCGGCAUCGCUUCGUAUUUAUGAAGCUCAUGUUGGUAUCAGCAGUCCUGAAGGAAAAGUCAAUACCUACCGAGCAUUCGCUGAUGAUGUUAUUCCCAGAAUCGCCAGGCAAGGUGUGUUUUUUUAG